AUGGCUCCUUCUGGAGUUGGCACGCCGCGCUCUGUUAUCUUAGAAGCAGGCGGAGUCGUCCCUGGCAGUGCGGUGCUGGCACCCUUGUCGCGCGUUGGGUCCACGGUUGGUAGUGUCAGGGCUGGCAGCGUUGCUGGGAGUGUCAGGGGCG